CGAGCGUGCUGCUCUCACUGCGCGCUCAUGGCGUUCCUCUCGCGCUCGACAGCUGCGACUGACGUAUGUGGACAAGAAAUGAAUUCCCUGUGAAACUUCGUCGACCUCGUCUCCCGAAUGUGAUCUUUGCAGACGCCGUGGGUGUUUCCCCGCUCAUUCCUCCGGUAUAAGUCAACCGAGAGCGCGCGCCGUUCUUUGGGCGAUAUUACCACGGAAAAAUACGACCGAAAGGGGUUUGUUUCAAUUACAUGACCGAAAACUGACCGUUCGCCUAGUUGGUAACGACUCCGUAUCGUUAACCGUGGGGAGAAAUGGGCACUUUACGCGAUCUCCAGUACGCGUUACAGGAGAAGAUCGAAGAACUGAGACAGAGAGACGCGCUGAUUGAUGAACUGGAGUUGGAGCUUGACCAGAAAGAUGAACUCAUCCAGAAGCUUCAGAAUGAGUUAGACAAAUACCGAUCCGUUAUAAGACCGGCAACUCAACAAGUCCACAAGCAGAGUGUCCUUCAAGAGCAGCAGAGGACCAAGAGACAGGCGAUCUCAGCCGAACCUACAGCCUUUGAUAUCCAAGACCUCAGUCAUGUCACCCUGCCUUUCUACCCAAAGAGCCCACAGUCUAAAGAACUAAUCAAAGAGGCCAUUCUUGACAAUGACUUCAUGAAGAACUUGGAGCUGUCUCAGAUUCAGGAGAUUGUGGACUGCAUGUACCCUGUGGAGUAUGAUAAAGAUAGUUGUAUCAUCAAAGAAGGUGAUGUGGGCUCCCUGGUCUAUGUCAUGGAAGAUGGCAAGGUGGAGGUGACCAAGGAAGGCAUGAAACUCUGCACUAUGGGGCCAGGGAAGGUGUUUGGAGAGCUUGCCAUCCUCUAUAACUGCACCAGGACUGCUACGGUACAGACCCUCACAAAUGUGAAGUUAUGGGCCAUUGACCGCCAGUGUUUCCAGACCAUCAUGAUGAGGACCGGACUCAUCAAGCAUGCAGAGUACAUGGAGUUUCUGAAGAGCGUUCCAACAUUCCAAGGCCUUCCAGAAGAAAUACUUAGCAAGCUAGCUGAUGUGCUGGAGGAGACUCACUACAGUGAUGGAGAGUACAUUAUUAGACAAGGUGCCAGAGGGGACACAUUCUUUAUCAUCAGCAAGGGAAAGGUGAACGUUACUCGAGAAGAUCCACCCAAUGGGACCGCUGUCUAUCUGCGGGCAUUAGGUAAAGGAGACUGGUUUGGAGAAAAAGCCCUUCAAGGAGAAGACAUCAGGACGGCUAAUGUCAUUGCUGCUGAAGCUGUCACCUGCCUCGUCAUCGACAGAGAGUCCUUCAAACACUUGAUUGGAGGUCUGGACGACGUCUCUAACAAAGGCUAUGAUGAUGCUGGCACCAAAGCAAAAUACGAGGCAGAGAAUGCCUUCUUCUCCAACCUGAAGCUGGUGGACUUCAACAUCAUCGACACUUUGGGAGUUGGAGGAUUUGGAAGAGUUGAGCUGGUGCAGCUCAAGAGUGAAGAGACCAAAACGUUUGCAAUGAAGAUUCUGAAGAAGCGUCACAUCGUGGACACGCGGCAACAGGAGCACAUCCGCUCUGAGAAACAGAUCAUGCAGGAGGCGCAUUCAGACUUCAUUGUAAGGUUGUACAGGACUUUCAAAGACAGUAAAUAUCUGUAUAUGCUGAUGGAGGCCUGUCUAGGCGGAGAGCUUUGGACCAUACUUAGAGACAGAGGAUCAUUUGAAGACUCAACUACACGGUUUUAUACAGCCUGUGUGGUUGAAGCCUUUGCAUACCUGCAUUCCAAGGGAAUAAUUUACCGUGAUUUAAAGCCAGAAAAUCUCAUUCUGGACCACAGAGGGUAUGCCAAGCUUGUAGACUUUGGCUUUGCCAAAAAGAUUGGAUUUGGAAAGAAAACGUGGACUUUCUGUGGAACGCCGGAGUAUGUAGCCCCAGAGAUCAUACUGAAUAAAGGACAUGACAUUUCAGCAGACUAUUGGUCAUUGGGAAUUCUUAUGUAUGAACUCUUGACUGGAAGCCCACCAUUCUCAGGACCAGAUCCAAUGAAGACAUAUAAUAUAAUUUUAAGAGGAAUCGACAUGAUAGAAUUUCCAAAGAAGAUCACCAAAAAUGCAGGCAAUCUAAUUAAAAAACUAUGCAGGGACAAUCCAUCUGAGAGGCUAGGAAACUUGAAAAAUGGAGUCAAAGAUAUUCAAAAGCACAAAUGGUUUGAAGGCUUUAACUGGGAAGGACUACGCAAAGGAACUCUCACCCCUCCAAUUAUUCCUGAUGUUGCAAGCUCGACUGACACCAGUAACUUUGAUAGCUUUCCAGAGGACAAUGAGGAACCUCCUCCAGAUGACAAUUCCGGCUGGGACACUGAUUUCUAAAAAUGAAACUUGUAACGUGCCCUGCCCUGGAGUGUCUCGUGUGGUUUGUCAGCGAAGAGAAGAAUGGAAGACGUCUAGCCCAGCUCUGUGACACCAAGUUGCCUUCGCACAUACUUCUGUCCUGCGAUGCCAUUGGGGCGUCUCAGCUUCCCGCUGCACCCCACAGCUACCGUGAACUGUCCUAAUCAGAAGGACUGGAGUCCAUAUUUCCAACAUGGCUUUAGAUAUGGACUCAGACCACCUCAUGCUGGAGCAGAUGUCUUAUAAAUGACCCCUUUAUUUUAUUGUUUUAAUUUUUUUGCUGUUUUAUGUUUGACUGAUUGCACGAGCAGUGGUUUCAGGUUUUAAGUCUGGGUCCUAAAAUGAGAAUCAUAAGUAGGGACCGUACUAUAAUCUGGAGUGAGUUUUGAUAAUGUUUCUAAGAUGCAUUUUAGGACGGAAUUUAGUUUGUGGUUACUUCUGAUAGUAUGACAGUUUUGUAUGAAUAUAGUUAAUAUAUUUGGUACAGAAACACACCAGUGUCAAAUACUUAAAAAGUUAAAAGGUAUGGUACAUAUGAUUAAAUUAAUUUCAAUUUAGUAUUUUUAUGCAUAUUCCUCUUAAAGGAAUAUUUCAGCCAAAAAAUAACAAUUAUUUUGGAAUCAUGUUGUUCCAAACAUUUUAGAAAAAAAAAUAUUAUAUUAAGUCAAUGGGAAACGAAACUGCUCUGUUACCAACAUUCUUCAAAAUAUCUUCUUUUGUGUUCCACAGAAAAAAAAUAAAGACCUACAGGUUUGGAACGACAUGAGGGUGAGCAAAUUACAACAAUAUUAACAAUUGUGGGUGGACUACCCUUUUAAACUCUUAUUUAAAAUAUUAUUUUAAGGCUUAUGAAUAUAUUUUCUUUUUAUAAUUGGAAACAUUUUUUUAAGACAAUGGAAAUCUGCUCAAAUAAUGCACCACUAGAGGGCAGGCUUUUUUUCCUAAAAUACACACUGUACUUCCCCAGUGGAAGGGCAAAGUCACAGGAUCCCAGAUAAAAUGUGGGUAAUGUGUUUAUGAAGUUACAUAAUGAGCUCUAUUAUUGAUACCAGACAUACAUUCAGAAUAUUUUCUCCAGACUUUUUCACCAAUAAUAUUCAUAACUCUACUUGACUCAUUUAAACAAUGACGAGAAGACUGCCUGUAGCUUGAACACAAAGUGCUGUGUUGGAAAACCAAUUAUGUAAUCUUAUUUAUUGUAGGACCAGGAGUAUAUAUUUAUGUAUAUAUAUAUACAGUGGUAAUAUUUUUGUGAUAUUUGUAGAGAUUUAUUGUCAGAGUAAAACCAGUCCAGACCAGCUAUUUUAGUUCUCUGUUAUCUUUACUUUUCAAGAUGGAUUUUUUUUUUUGCUUACCAUAUAUCUUUUGGCAUUGUUGAAAGUGCCUUAACACAAUGGCAUCCAGAAUUCACCCUGCUUGUUUUGAUGCUGCACGACUAGGUCAGAAACCUCAAAAUGUUCUUCUUAAUCAGUUGUGGCUUUUUUAAGGUACAGAAAUUUAUAUGCCAUUUUCUUACAAUAAAAACAUCUUUCAAAGUAA